CCAUGCAAACAUCCGGUGGAUUCUAGUAGAAUCGGUAGAAACGAAACACAGCAGCUUCAUGUCCACUCUGCUUUGUUGCCGACAAUAAUUUCCCACACACUUGUCACGGAGCUGAUUCUGAAAAGUGUCAGUAUGUCCGUGUCGGCUGCACAUGUCUGUGGGGCCCCCGGCGGAGUCCCCUGUCCGCCACAGACUGUACCGUAGGCCUGUAUGCGUCCUACAGAUGGAGGGCGGCUGGCUGGUCUCCGAACGGGAGGACAUCGCUUCGUACUUUGCUGACCAAACUCCUAACUCUAAAAUAACUGAGGUGUGCCAGGAGUUUUCCACCGUGAGAAAAGUUCGUGGCGAUGGGAACUGUUUCUACAGAGCCUUUUCCUUCGCGUUCUUGGAAUCUGCCAUACAGAACUCAAGAGGAUUACAGGGGUUAAUUGAGAUUAUGCAGAGCCCUAAUGAUUUGUCUUGUGCUGGGUUUGAUGAGAGAUGCUACAAGGACCACCUAUCAAAAGUCAUGAAUGUUUUGGAGCAGUGUCAGUCUGAUGGAAGAGUGGAAACUCUUUACAGACUGUUUAACCAGCCAUCCACUUCUGACAGUAUGGUCCAGUAUCUCCGCCUCAUCACAUCUGCACACCUGCAAAUCCAUGCAGAUUUCUUUAGCAACUUUGUGGUGGCACCCAAUCUCCAGGCCUACUGCCAUCAGGAAGUAGAAGUCAUGGCAAUGGAGUGUGACCAUGUGGACAUCCAGGCAUUGUCACAAGCUUUGAAUGUGAGCAUUCACAUUGUGUCAAUGGAGGGCGAUGAACAAAAGCUCGUUCACCACAUUAUUCCAGAAGGUGCUGAGCCAUCUGUGCACCUCCUUUAUCAAACGUCACAUUAUAAUAUCAUCUACCCACGAACUUAAGCUGGACCAACCAUUCAGUGUGCCUUUGUUAAACUCAGGAAUAAAGACUAUGCAAUAAAAAGCCAGAACAAAGAGGAUCAAGGUAUUAUAGUUUUUAGUAUUAAAAUAAUUACAUAAUAACAAACUUUGUUAACAAAGUGAACACAGAAUGUUACUUUUUCUUUUCUUUUUUUGGUUUCCGGUUUCUUUUUUGUGAAAGACCUUUUUUAACUUUCUGUUUACUCUUUUGCAUUAACACUCUGCUUAGUGCACUUUGAGUCCCUGGCACAGUGAUCUGUUUCAGAGCCAGUUUGCCCAUUUGAGUGGGAUACUUGGUCUUCAUCACAUUCUUGAACACAGGCUGAGAGAUCAACUGCUUCAGGUGCUUUUUCAUGCCUUUCACCAUUCUCUGCUGCUGGACAUCAGCAUGCUCGUCAUUUGAUUUACCUGACAAAAUACAUCAUUAUUUUAAUUAUGAAAUAGGUGUAAUGCUUUUUAGUAGAAUAGAUCAAAGUUGGCUGGUCUUACCAAUUAAAAGGUCUUCAUCAAGAUCUACCUCGAGAGCUUCUGCAGCUUGUCUGAACCAGGAGUCGUGCUUUUUCUCCCUGCUGUUGUGAAACUCAAUACUUUCUAUUCUUCUGGCCAAAUCUACCCGCUCCUACGUGGCACAUAUGAGAAACUUACUGUUACAUGAAAUAUUACAUAUGCAAAUUGGACCCACUGUUCAUGUCUUACCCUGAUAGCUUGCAUGCAUUGCAUCUCUAUGGGAAACAUAGGAAGGUCUUCAUCCUUCCCAAGAGUUCUGAAAAUCUUUUUGAAGUUCAACAUGUCAUCAGGGCCAAUCAGCAACAAACACAGGCCCUCUUUGGCUGCCCGGGCUGUUCGGCCACUGCGAUGGACAUAGGUUUCAGAUGUCCUGGGAACCUGAUGCCAAUACAAAAAAUAGCAUUACUAUAUUUAAUAUGACGCUAUGUAUUUGUUUCUUAAUUAAUCUGUAAUUGAUCUGUAUUUAUGUAAUUAAUACAAUAAAUGAGUAACAAAAUA